AUGUCCGCUGUGCCCGCUCCCAAGGCCCGUUCUCGCCCGCUUGUGACGGCGUACCUUGUGUUCUACAACCUCUUUUCUUUUGUACUAUGGCUGCGCGUAUUUGCCGGCGUUGUCCUGUAUAUGCUACACGGCGACUCGGCCCGCCAGAUGAUGUACGCCACGGUGGCCGAGGCCGUUCAGCGUGUGCUGCCCGCUAAGGUGGCGGGUGCCCUCAUCGAGUAUGGCGCCUAUCCCCCGCUCGCUGCGGCGAUUCUGCGCCGCGCCUCGAAUCUGCACGACUACAUCGGCCCGCUCGUCGUGAUCACGCAGACGCUUGCUGUGAUGGAGGUUGUGCAUGCGGCGGUCGGCUGGGUGCGCUCGAACGUGCUGAUCACGGCCGUGCAAGUCAUGUCACGCCUGAUUGUUGUGUGGGGCAUCUCGGAAAAGUACGAGGCUGCCGCGCACUCGCCGUUCUAUGCGCUCAUGGUGUGCGCCUGGUCGCUCAGCGAAAUUGCACGCUACCCCUUCUAUGUGAAUCAGCUGCUGCGCUCGCCGUCGUUCAUUGCGCUGUGGGCGCGCUACUCUGGCUUCAUUGUGCUGUAUCCACUGGGUGUGCUGGGCGAGGUGUCGCUCAUCUAUGCCACGCUGCCGGUGCACCGUGGCUGGCCCUGGGAGAAUCUGUCCGCAUGGUCGCUGCGGGACCUCGCGUUCCUGGCGCUCUUGCCCGUGUACGUGCCUGGCCUCUAUGUGCUGUACACGCGCCUGCUCGCCUCGCGCCGCAAGGUGUUGGGCCCCGACUGGGCCGGUACGAAGGCGCGCAAGGAGGUGCAGCAGCAGAAGGCCGCCGAGUUUCAGCGCAUUCGCCGCCUGCACGAGAAGAAGCAGUAG